AUGCCGUGGCCACCAGUAACUCCCGUCUUUCCUGCUGGGAAGGAGCCAUUGCCCCCCGGAAUGACGGAGGAGGACCGAGCGCAAAUCAUGCAGGCGAAAAAGUAUCAGGACAUGAUGUCCUCGGUACCAGAGUCGUGUCUAUUCAAAACGGGGAUGGCAGGUGUUGCAGGAUUCGGCCUCGGUGCUUUCUUUUCGCUUAUGUCUUCGUCAUUUGCUUAUGAGGAUCCAUUAUUACGACCGCAAUCGCAAUCGGCUUUGAACACGACGCAGAAGGCGCGAGAGAUUUUUAAGGACAUGGGAAAGGGCAUGUGGAGGAGUGGGAAGGGUUUCGGAAAGGUUGGGGCACUGUUUGCGGGUUUGGAAUGUGUAAUAGAGUCUUACCGCGCAAGAAAUGAUAUUGUCAAUCCAACGCUCGCAGGCUUCAUUGCCGGAGGUAUUCUGGCACGAAAUUCUGGUCCAAAAGCUGUGCUUGGCGGCGGAGCUGCUUUUGCAGCCUUCUCUGCCGCAAUAGACCUUUUUCUUAAAAGAGAAUCAUCAGAGUAA